AUGGCGACCACCGUGGACAAGAUCAAGGACAUCGAGGCCGAAGUAAGAGACCGCAUUCCCGCAAACGCAUCGAUCGCGACUCACAUCCCUGUUCUAGAUGGCCAAGACCCAGAAGAACAAAGCAACGUCUUUUCAUCUUGGCCAGGGCAACUGAAGGCAAAGCUCGCGAAACUCAAGAGAGAACUUCUUGAGCCGAGCAGUAGUGGUGGUGGCGGUGCGGGUGUCGGUUUCGAUGUUGCUCGUACUGGUGUUGCCAGUGUCGGCUUCAUUGGCUUUCCCUCGGUGGGGAAGAGUACGCUCAUGAGCAAAUUGACGGGACAGCACUCGGAAGCUGCCGCAUACGAGUUCACAACGCUUACCACGGUACCAGGCCAGGUCAUGUACAACGGUGCCAAGAUCCAGAUUCUCGAUUUGCCUGGUAUCAUUCAGGGUGCCAAAGACGGCAAAGGUCGUGGUCGACAAGUUAUUGCAGUCGCGAAGACAUGCCAUCUGAUCUUCAUCGUCCUCGAUGUGAAUAAGCCUCUGACGGACAAGAGCGUCAUCGAGAACGAAUUGGAAGGCUUCGGCAUCCGUAUCAACAAGAGCCCACCGAACAUUGUGCUCAAGAAGAAGGACAAGGGCGGCAUCAGUAUUACCUCAACCGUCCCCCUGACGCACAUCGACCAUGGCGAGAUCAAGGCCGUAUUGAACGAGUAUCGUAUGGCAAACGCAGACGUUGCUAUUCGAUGCGACGCCACCGUGGACGAUUUGAUCGAUGUCAUCGAGGCGAAGGGCCGAAGCUACAUCCCCGUCAUUUACGCGCUCAACAAGAUAGACGCCAUCACGAUCGAGGAACUUGAUUUGCUGUACCGUAUUCCAAAUGCUUGUCCCAUUAGUUCCGAGCAUGGCUGGAACAUCGACGAGCUACUGGAGCAGAUGUGGGAGAAGUUGAACCUCGUGCGCGUCUACACGAAGCCAAAGGGUCGCAUGCCCGACUAUACUGCACCGGUUGUCUUGCGUUCCACGGCGUGCACGGUCGAAGACUUUUGUCAUUCCAUCCACAAGACGAUUGUCGAUGAUUUCAAACACGCCAUUGUGUACGGUAAAUCGGUCAAGCAUCAGCCCCAGCGUGUGGGUCUUUCCCACGAGCUCGCCGAUGAAGAUAUCGGUAAGUACCUUGCACCGACAUAA